AUGGCGCCCAAGAAGAAGAGCGGGCAGAGGGCGGGGAGCCGGCAGGUCGCGACGGAAGACGUGGCCGAGCCGCAGCUGUCGGAGCGCGCGCAGUACCUGCAGCGCGAGUACAGGCUGCUCUCGGAGCAGCUGGACGCCUGCCAGGAGCGCGUAGACCUGGUGCUGCAGGAGAACGCCUUCCUGGACUGCGAGGCGCAGCGCCUGCGCGAGGAGAACCGGCUCUACGCCAGCUACGUGAGCGCGCGCGCGCAGCGCUGCGCCAACGCCAUCGUCCGACUUGAGGACCAGAACCGCGUGGACCUGACGCAGAUCCAGUGGCAGCGGGCCGAUCUCGAGUCGCUGUAUCACGGGCGCGAGGACGGGGUGCGCACGCAGCUGCUGGAGAUGGAGGCGCGUGCGGCGCAGAUGGCGCAGCGGGUGGAGGAACUGCAGCCCUACAAGGAGCUGCAGCUGGAGCAGCUGGCCCGGAUCCGGACGCUGGAGCGCGAGCUGCUGCACAUGAGCGUGGAGCAUACUCAGCAGCUUCACCGCGUGAAGCGGCUCUUCCAGGAAGACAAGGCGGCCUUCGAGCGCGAGGCGCGCCAGCGCGUGCAGUCCAUGGCGCGGCGCGCGGAGCGGGAGGCUGCGCGCGCGCUCGUCACGCACACGCAGGCCAUCAGGGCAGACAAUGAAAGGCUGCGGGAGGAGCUGCUGCGGCUGCUCAGCCGGGCCCAGCUGCUGCAUGACAAGCAGCGCCAGCUGCUGCAGCAGCGGGAAGAGCUGCAGCGUGAGCACCAGGACACAUGGGACCUGGCAAAGGAUCCCGUCGUUGAUCCCGUUGUGUGUGGGCUCCAAGGUCCCGUCGCUGGUCUCACUGAAGGAGAGUUCAUGGAUCCCAUACCAGGACCUGCUGCAAGCGGAGGCCUUGGCCCCCUCCCACCCUGACUCCCAG